CCAUUAUUAAUUAAAAUGAGGUCAAUCAAAUGCAUUGGAAGAGAUACGUUCCUUUUUGAGAUUUACUCAAAAGUAAAAAUGAAGCCAUUUAUGAAGAAAGAAUUUUUAAAAGUGCCUAAAAUAUUCCAGCAUUGUUUUUCAACUUCUGCUAUUCAAAAUGAAAAAUUUAGUUAUCAUUUAUUGAUAAUUGGUGGAGGAACAGGUGGAAUAUCAAUUGCUGCAAAAUUUGGAUCUAAGUUAGGAAAAGACAAAGUUGCUAUUAUUGAACCAUCAAAUGUACAUUAUUAUCAGCCAUACUGGACCUUAGUUGGUGGUGGUUUGAAAAAUGUAGAAAAGUCUAGGAAAGAUAUGAGUUCUGUAAUUCCAAAAAAUGUUAAAUGGAUAAAAGACUUGGCUGUGAAAUUUGAGCCUGACAAAAACACAAUAUUUACAGAAAAACAUGAGGUAGCAUAUGAUUUUCUAAUUAUUUCCAUGGGGAUAAUACCAAAUUUUAAAAAA